AUGAACGUCAAUGCGGCCUCCUUCUCCCCCCAAGGCACAGGAAACGACAAGCCCUCUGGAAACUCCAACUUUCGAUCGAAUCUCUCAAGCUCCCUUGCCAACGACAGUAAAAAGUCAAACCAACGCACUCCUGCUCCCUCAAACCAGUCAAAGUCCUUCCCAGCAGAGCAACAGCAACGUUCUCUUCCGGGCCGGGGCAAGAACCAGCGACAGAGUAACUCAAAACGGAGUGGACACGACAGGGAGCCACAACCUCGGUCUGGAGGAGGAGGAACAGCAGGAGGUGCUGGCCACAACGUUCGGGCGUCUUCUUCCUGGGGGAGCGACUCCUUGGCUAUUUCAAUGAGUCAGCUCAGCACGAACGACAAAUCUGGUGGAGCUGGAAGGGGUAACAACAAGAAAAACCAAGUCUCGUUGAACCACCUGCUCAAUUUUUCGUUCCCUGUGCGCGAGGAGCCCCAGAACACUGCCCCUGUCCGCCGUCGCCGCAACGCCAACUACCAGCCGUUCAACAAGGAAAAGUUCAUCAACGCAAACUUCCGAUUCCUGAUGAAUCCCCGCAGCGACUAUGCGGUCUACACAAUGGAUGCGGAUGCGCCGGUACAGUGGGAUGAUAUUGAGCAGGUUUUAAUUGCGGUGCCGCAGUCGUGCCCUAUCUGUCUGCAGCCCCCCGUUGCGGCCCGAAUCACCAAAUGCGGACAUGUCUACUGCCUCUCUUGCGUGCUUCGCUACUUGUCUUUGAACGAGUCCAACAAAGCCUGGCGCAAGUGUCCCAUCUGCUGGGAUGCCAUUUACGAGAAGGACCUCAAGAGUGUCCGAUCUGCCCUGGAGGAUCAGCAAAUUUACGAUCAAGGCGAGAAGGAGAUUGCCAAGCUGAUUGCUUCCAAGCAGGAUGUCCAAUUGGAGAUGCGACUGAUUCAGCGCACCCUGAAUUCUACAGUCGCUCUGCCGCGGUCAAAUACGUUCCCGCUGGCAAAAGACGUGCUAACAGAGGAGCUCCAGGGUCAGCCACCAUUGGACUUUGUCCCUGACGCGAUCCUCUUCAGUCGAUUUAUGAUUACCACCCUCGACAGGAUUGUCUCAGAGUUGGAUCGUGAUAUCCGUUCUAUCGAGUUCAGCAUGGAGGAGGCCAGGAGUUUUGACACCAAUCACCACUCGGAAGAGAUGGUGUUUUUUGAGAUGGCGAUGAGCAAGAUUCAGGAGAAGAAGGACAAGAUCCGGGACGACGCCAAGUUCUUCCCCAAGCUGGCACUGGAUCGGGAAAGGAUCUUGCGGCGACAUUUCGACCAUGCUGCUAGCGAGGUUCUUGCUGCGGCUUCUGCCACACCUGAAGAUGAGGAGUCAGCAACACCUGCCAGGCCCGCUUUGUCGUUUGCUGAAUCGGGACCUGAAGCCUACGAGAUUGGACAUGGAGCGCCUAACAAAGCUGCAAUUGCAGAGGAAUCAAAUGCAGAUCACGGCAGUGAACUGGGAUCCGACACGAAUGUGCCUCAGGAAGCAGCACUAAAGCACCAUGCAUCGGGCAGAGUCCCCAACCAGCUGACGACGAUGUACUACUUUUAUCAGGCCUCAAAUGGCCACCACCUUUACCUUCAACCACUCGACAUUCGCAUCCUAAAGCAGCAUUUCGAAACAUACGACAAAUUCCCAGACACUAUUACAGUCAAGGUUUUGGGCAUUGAGGAGACCAGUUUGACGGAGGAGGUGCGGAAAAAAUGUAAAUACCUGGGUCAUCUUCCAUUGGGCUGCGAGGUCUCAUUUUUGGACGUUGCACUAGAGACCAUCGUUGGUGAUGAAGGUGUCAAGCCCUUUGAGACCGAGCUGAGGAUGCGCCGAGCCAAGCGCAAGGAGAAGGAUGUCCGAGAGGAACGGGAGCGAGUGGAGCGCGAGCAUAAGUUGAACCCACCCAAGGCGAGACGGAAUGAAGAGCUUUUCGUCAACGACCCUUUCUUCCAUGUGCCAACUGGACCCGGUGGAGGAUCGCAAGCCAACCGGCGUGACUCUGAAGCUGAUCUGCAGGAGGCUCUGCGAUUGUCAGCACAGGCGCAGGCAGAGGAGAUGCCAACUUUGAGCGAGGCCCAUGCUCGGUCUACCCGGCGGCCGUCCAUCCCGACCGCCCCGGGAACCGCCACGAGGACUAUACCUACGAAUAGUAAAACCGCCAAUCAGUCGCUGGCAGGAGCGACUGGUCCUCUGUCGGACGCUUGGGGGAGCAGCUAUGAGUCUAAUGGGAGUAGCCAGGCGACGGGUCCAUCGACUGUUUGGGGCACCCCCUCCGUGCCCGUCAGUCGACACCACGACGAAUAUGACGAUUACUACGAGGACGAGAUGGACUAUGAACCCGAUAUUGUCGUGAAGCGAGGCAAGAAGAAACUGACGGUACUCAUGUCGAACAACAGUCGACGCAGCAGGUGA